AUGUCAUUGCCUCAGGAACCCACCGCGGCGGCCUCUGUGGCAGAGCCUCACACCCAGGAGCCAGGCUCGGACAACAGAGACGGUCGCCUCUCAGUCUGUACAAAGGUGUGCUAUGGCAUUGGCGGCAUCCCCAACCAGGUGGCCUCUAGCGCCUCAGCCUUCUACCUGCAGAUCUUCCUACUUGAUGUGGCCCAGAUCCCAGCUGCCCAGGUGUCACUUGCCUUAUUCGGAGGGAAGGUGUCUGGUGCAGUCGCAGACCCUGUGGCUGGCUUCCUCGUCAACAAAAGCAGAAGGACAGGAGCUGGCAGGCUAAUGCCUUGGGCGCUGGGCUGCAUGCCCUUAAUUGCACUGGCCUACUUUUUCCUGUGGUUCCUGCCUCCAUUCAGCAGCCUGCGUGGGCUCUGGUAUACUGCCUUCUACUGCCUGUUCCAGGCCCUGGCUACGUUCUUCCAGGUACCCUACACGGCGCUCACUAUGAUCCUCACCCCCAGCCCCAGGGAGCGAGACUCUGCCACUGCAUACCGGAUGACCAUGGAGAUGGCAGGGACUCUGAUGGGAGCCACUGUCCAUGGACUCAUCGUAUCCAGUGCCCAUGGGUCUCGGAGGUGUGAGGAUCCUGGGCUCUCCGGGAGUAUUGCUGUCUCUCCAGAUGUAGCUCGCCUCUAUUGCAUCGCAGCUGCUGUGGUUGCCUUGACUUACCCUGUGUGUGGCGGUUUGCUGUGCCUAGGAGUAAAGGAGCGGCCAGACACUUCUACCCCAGCCUCAGGCCCAGGCCUGAGCUUCUUCACAGGGCUGGCUAUCACUUCCCGGCACCCGCCCUACUUGAAUCUGGUGGUCUCCUUCUUGUUCAUCUCAGCUGCCGUCCAGGUGGAACAAAGCUACCUGGUCCUGUUCUGUACACACGCCUCCCGGCUCCAAGACCAUGUCCAGAACUUGGUGCUAACCAUCCUGAUCUCAGCUGUGCUGAGCACCCCACUGUGGGAGUGGGUUCUCCAGCGGAUUGGAAAGAGGGCAUCUGCGUUCGGGAUCUGUGUAAUGGUGCCCUUUUCUAUCUUGCUGGCUGCUGUGCCCUCAGCGCCUGUGGCCUAUGUUGUGGCCUUUGUCUCUGGUGUGAGCAUCGCUGUGUCCUUGCUGCUACCCUGGUCCAUGUUGCCAGAUGUGGUGGAUGACUUCCAGUUGCAGCACCAGCAUGGCCCCGGUGUGGAGACCAUCUUCUACUCAUCCUAUGUCUUCUUCACCAAGCUCUCAGGCGCAGGCGCCCUAGGCAUCUCCACUCUCAGUUUGGAGUUUGCAGGGUAUGAGGCAGGGGCCUGCCAGCAAGCAGAAGAAGUGGUGGUCACCCUCAAGGUCCUCAUCGGUGCUGUGCCCACCUGUAUGAUCCUUAUUGGUCUGUGCAUCCUCAUGGUUGGCCCUACUCCCAAGAUGCCAAGCCAGGACACUUCCCAGCAAAGCCUUCGGAGAAGAACUAGCUACAGCCUCGCCUGAACAUGAAGUGGACUUCUGUGAGCCGGAAAAGCAGAAGCCUGCAUUUUCUGGUGCUCUCUAUCCAGUCCCUGAGCAUACCCUAGCAACUGAGCACAUGUCAUUUCCUCUUGCAAAUGGAGACUCUAGUGACACCCCCUGAAGGGGGGCUGGCUUCAGGAACCCUACUCAGUCGCUCCUUACCUGUUGACCCUGGACCUUUCAGACUUGUAGCCCAGCCUACUCUACUUUCAAGAAGCCUCAGACUCUGAAAGUAUCCUCCAAGACUAUUUCUGGCGUCACAAAGAAGCUCCUGUCUACUCCAGUCUGUACACUCCCUUUCCUCCACAGCAGAGCUCCACACACAGGAAAACAGACCUGGUUUUCACAGUCUCAGUGGGCACCUGCUGAGAGCACAGAACUGGGACACAGUGUGAAUGGGCAAACUGAGCACAAGAACACAUGACAUUUUGCAGGCUUAGCAGACCCACCCUGGCACACAGGUGUUUGCCCAGUACUUUGCUCUG